AAUGAAGCCAAAGAUAACCAUGAUUCUUGAUUCUUUCCAGUAUCAGAAAAGAGAGUAAAAGAUGACAUCAUCAACAUAUUUAAAUCACACCAAUCUCAGAGACAUCUGGUAUACUAUGAUUGGGAUCUCAGGACUAGAAGAUGCACACAUUUGGCUCUCCAUCCCCAUCUUUUCUAUGUAUAUAGUAGCUGUUAUGGGCAAUACAUUCCUAAUAUUGCUGAUCUCUACUGAGCAUAGUCUUCAUGAACCUAUGUACUUUUUCCUAACUAUGUUGGCCCUGGCCGAUAUCUUCUUGUCCACAGUGACCAUUCCAAAGGUAUUAGCAAUUUUCUGGUUCCAAGCUGGAAGCAUUUCUUUUGCUAGCUGUGUGUCUCAGAUGUUUUUCCUCCACUUCAUCUUUGUGACGGAGUCUGGUAUACUACUCUCCAUGGCAUUUGACCGUUAUGUUGCUAUCUGCUAUCCACUAAGAUACACCAACAUUCUAACCCCAUCUGUCAUCAUCAAAAUGGGCAUUGCAGCUGUGACUAGAAGUUUUUUCAUCUGCUUCCCCCUGAUCUUUCUUGUUUAUAGGCUCACCUAUUGUGGGAGGAACAUCAUUCGUCACUCAUACUGUGAACACAUGGGCAUUGCCAGGUUGGCCUGUGACAGCAUCAAAGUCAAUAUUUACUAUGGAUUGGUUGUAGCCCUAUUUUCCAUAUUUCUAGAUGUAGUACUUAUUAUUGUCUCAUAUGCUCGCAUACUUUGUGCUGUGUAUAGAAUACCUUCCCAAGAUGCCAGAUUCAAAGCUCUGAGUACAUGUGGGUCCCAUGUCUGUGUCAUCCUGUUAUUUUAUAUGCCAGUUUUCUUUUCUUCUCUUGCUCACCGUUUUGGAGGUGACAGAAUACCACUGUAUGUUCACAUCCUCCUGGCUAACCUCUAUGUUGUUCUACCACCCUCCCUCAAUCCCAUCAUUUAUGGAGUAAAGACCAAGCAAAUUCAGGAGAGAAUUGUUCAGUUAUUUUCUUUAAACAAGGUAAUUUGUUGAUAUAAAUCAAACCAUGUAGACAUAAAACAGAUUAGUUUUCCAGUUUUUCUAUAAAAUCUCUAAAAGUUAAGAGCACUUGAAGAUAUUG